AUGGCGGGAGUGAACGGAGAUCGGAAAGGAAAGAAAGACGACAACGGACUCGGAUCGGCCAUCGACUUCGUGCUGUCCAACGCCAAGCUGGUGCUGGGGGUCGGGGGAGCCGCCAUGCUAGGCAUCGCUACACUCGCUGUCAAGAGAAUGUACGACCGAGCCCUUAGCGCUCCCUCCAGCCCUACGAAACCCAGCCAUUCAGGAAAGAGGAGCUGGGAGGAGCCGAGCUGGCUGGGGUCAUCGCCACGGACGUUGAACCACGAAAUGAAGCACAACGUCAGUCGCUCGCUGCAGACGCUACCCACGUCCUCCAGCUCGUUUCAGACUGAUUUUCCCCGAAGGACAGCCGGGCGUCCCGGCAGCAGCAAGAGCAGGAGCAGUAGUAAAGCGGCGCUGCAGCGGGGGCGGAUGCGUCUGUCCCUGCAGGAGCACCUGUGGGCAUUUUAUCACGAGCGUGCGAACAUCUCACCCGACGAACAACAGGCAGCUCGACAUGCCGCCCUCGACAUCCGAGCAGAACUACAAGCUUUCAUCCACACCAAAGUGCCAGACAUGCCGCUCCGGGACAUGUACCUUAGCGGCAGCCUCUACCACGACCUGCAGGUGGUGUCGGCAGACCACGCUCAGCUGAUGGUUCCUCUGAUCCUGGAGAAGAGUCUGUGGUCGUUCAUUCCCGGUGAGGAGACCAUCAUGAACGUUCCGGGGUUCUGGCUCGUGCGUCGUGAGAAUCUGGAGUACUUCCCCCGCGGCUCUAGCUACUGGGACCGCUGCCUAAUCGGCGGCUACCUCUCGCCCAAGAGCGUGCUGGAGGUGUUUGAGAAGCUGGUGACCGGGUGUAUGAACUGGCCGGCCAUCGGCAGCGCGCUGGGCUACGUGGUCCUUCCGGCCGUCCCGUCACAAACGGAGGCACUCACGCUUUCUCUGGAGGUGCAAUACGACUCCGAGCUCCGUCUCCACGUCGACUUUCUGCCUCUGCUCGUCUCGGAGGACGGCGUGUCUCUCGUCGCCAAACCACACCGCGAGCGAGAGAACCUCUGGAGGCAGAGUUUUUGGUCGGCGGAAACGACGAAGCUGCUGGCACUGGAUCGAGACGAUAACGGAUGCCGCUGCGUUUGCCUGAAAAUCGCCAAAGCCAUUUGCAAACUGAACCCGUCGCUGGCGCCACUGAACGCCGGCCACCUCGCCAACGCCGUGCUCCUGCUGAGCGAGAGCGAGCACGACUGGAGCCGCGGGGCGCUGGCCGAGCGUUUCACACAGCUCAUCCGUACUUUAGUGGGACACCUAGAGGCUGGGACGCUGCCCUGCAUCUUCGACCACAAAGUCAACCUGCUGUGUGAGCUCACGCCGAGAGAGGUUGAUGAACUCGGGUACACGCUGUACUGUUCGCUCUCAGACCCUGAGAGUCUGCUCAGGACUGUGUAACACACACACACAUUACAGGGUAAAACUUGAUAUUGCUACCAAACUUGUUAAUGCACCAAUUAAUUUAAUUGUGUGUGUGUGUACACAAACAUUUUACUGCGGAAAGAAUCUGCUGCUAUGCGUCAUCAGUGUUGAACAGGGCACCUCACACAAUCAUCUGCCUGUGCUUUAUGUUUCUACAGAACCAUUUACAUUCAUAAAACAGUGUGUGUGUGUGUUUGUUAGCAUGUUGAACAGUGUUGCUAAUGUAAGUGUAUGUGCUUUGAUGAAAAAUAAAAAAAAAAUAAUAAAAUGGCACUGAUGUCCUAAAACACAAGGCUCAUUCUUCAUAAAGCAGCCCAGGGCGGAGUCUCCGUCCCUGCCCUGAGAUUGAUUAUUUUCCUUAUUACAGUACCCCCAUGUGGAGUAACGCAAAAGAAACACAUUCGCAGGAGGUUGUGAGUUUGAUUCCCUAGUGACGCUACAACCAUAAGCCAGCUGCAGAGACACUGGUGGGAACUGGCUACCACUAAAUUUAGGAAACUGUUUAAAGAAAAUAUACAAAAAAUAAAUCACAAUGACAAAUCUUUUUACAUUUUAUCUGUUCAUAGUUAAAUAUUAGCAAAUUAGUUUGCGGAAGGCCAAAUUGUAAACUCCCCUGUCUUGAAAAUGUCGGAAAACUUGAUUUCAGUCUUACCUCUGACUGUUAGAAAUCACCGACAAUGGAGACUCCAUACAACUUACACAAAUUUAUUUUCACUUUUACAAAACGUCCCUGUAAACGUGCUUUUACUAUAUGAACAAUGGCGUAUCAGAACCAAACAGGAGCUGCUGCUUCCAAACAAUCAUGGCGCAAAACACAUCAGCGCUGUAAUGUAACUGAUGUAUAUUACACCUUUGUCAUUUUAUCACCUCAUAUAAAAUCUGUUUUUCUGCAAUGUUUAAUUUAAUCACUGUGACUUUUUCGGAAAUGAUGAUCAAAUUUGAUGAUGGCUUUAAAAUCCCAUGCUGCAUAAAUGUAGUACAGACUGAGAAGCUGUGAUGGAGGAUGGAAAUAUCUUAUGGUUAUGGAAGCAUGGCUGUAAUCUCUUCCACACGAGUCAGUUUAAACUGGAAAUCUUGUGUUGAAGCUCAGAUUUGUUAUUAUAAUAUUUUAUUCUAAAAUGAAACAUUAGUGUGUUUUUAGAAUUAAAGGCUGAAAAUUAGACUGUAUUCAUUGAAAAGAAUUAAUAAAUAAAAGUCCUUUACCGAAAUAGUAGCAUAAUGAUGUUACUACCUGCAUUUAGACAGAGUGUGUAUAUUUUUGGUACUUUCCUGUGGUUUUUAUUUUGUUGAUUAUUUGUUGAGGGCCAUGUCACUCAGAUGACCUUUAGCAAAUGAUAAAUCACUGUAAAAAUAAAUAAAGUGUAAGAAAACUGUGUGUAUGAGACUAAAGUACACCUGGACUGUUUGUCACCUGAGACUAUAUACAGAUUUAUUUAACUCAAGAAAUGAAUUAUUUAUGUAUAAUAUGAUUAUGAUGAUGAUACGAGUACACUGCACCCUGUUGUAAUGUCUCUGGUGAUGUAUUAAAAUAAGA